AUGUCUCAAAAGCUCCUUCGUUCUUCUGCCUCCCUUCUCUUAAAAUCAAAGAAUACAACUAUUCGAUCUUCUCCAGCCUCUACUCUCUUCUCUCAAUUUAUAAAUAAUCAACAACAAGUGAGAACUAAAUACAGCGAAAAAGUGAUUGAUCAUCACAAGAAUCCAAGAAACACCGGAUCAUUGGAUGCUAAAGAUGAGAAUGUAGGAAGUGCAUUAGUUGGUGCACCCUCAUGCGGAGAUGUCUUAAAAUUCCAAAUUCUAGUGGACGAUAAUGGUCGAGUCAUUGAUGCCAAAUUCAAAGCCUUUGGUUGUGGUAGUGCUAUUGCAUCUUCAAGUUAUGCCACUGAACUCGUCAAGGGUAAAACGAUUGAAGAUUGUAUGAUGAUUACAAACAAUGAUAUUGCCAGCCAUUUGAGUUUACCACCAGUCAAGAAACAUUGUAGUUUAUUAGCAGAAGAGGCGAUUAGAAAGGCCACUGAAGAUUACAUGAAAAAGAAACAAGCAAAGAAAGAACAGAAUACCUCAGAAGCAACAUCUUCCAAUAACUCUUCAUAA